AAUAACGAAUGAACCAUCUGUAAAUAAGGUGAAAUAAUGGAGGAAAAGUGCUGAACAGUUGUGAAUUGUAGACAGUAAAUUCAUGGAAAAUACGAAUUUUGUUUUACAACAAGAUGUAUUCGGAUUUUCCAGAAUUCGAUCACGACUACAUCGAUUGAUACAGUCUGAAAUUACCAGUUUUAUACGUAGCUGAGCUGUGAAUUGGAGUAAAGAUGUAGGAGAGUUGUAACAAUCUGGGACAGACGGUUUCCCAAAAAUAGUAUAAGAACUUGGUAGACACACGUGUGUGGACUUUAUUACGAAGUUAAAUUGGAAACCAACAGAUUGAAUCAUGGCUAGCAGUAGACAGUCUUCAGCUAUGUCGACAAGUCAUGCAGACUCUGUCAGAAUGAAGGAAGCAAAAGAGCAGGCUCAAAGACACAGAGAAGCUCAAGCUCGCUCCUCAAAACUGGCGACCAAACCCAACGAUACGUACCGGGAGUGCUCAAACCUCUUUCCACAACAGCCACGCAAAGUCAUACAGAAGGAUUCUGUUGUUGCAAAUGCAUUAGGUGACCACGAUGAUGCCAAACAGUUCUUCAACAGUGCUCUUGGUGUUCAUAGUUAUUCCUAUCCUCAGACUCCUCUGUCAGAUAAGAGGCGACCCUUUCCCACACAACACAAUGUCAACGGCAAGCCUCGUCAAAAAGUCCCUUCUAGUGCUAAAAAUCCUGUCACUCCUGCAGUUCCUACUGCUGAUCCUUUACCAGACAAAUCAAAACCACCUACACCACAAAAAUCUGGUAACAGUGCUUCCCGAGAAAAGCCCUUGAGAGAUGGCCAGUUGGCAUCUCGGAGAUCAGGUACCGAUACCAGCUCAAAUCGGUCUGUCUCUCCCUCAAAACCUCCGAACUCCAAAAGUAGUGCCAACAUGACUGCAGACUCAUCCAACCAUGACCGUCAAAACCAGCGAAGUCACCCAUCAACAGCCUCCUCAUCUUCAACUAAUGUACGCAAUGAAAGUCCUGUACGCAAGCAAACUAAGCCCUCUAGUAAACCGCCACCACCAAAGAGUGGUAGCAACUCCACCCCAGAGGAAAAGAAGGUUAAAGUUAAAGUUGAGGAGGAGAGCAAUUCAUCAAAACCAAGCAAUCAGAAUGGAGAGGAUGCCUUUCCUAGACCUACAAAUACCAACAAGCGAAAGCCUCUUAAAAUCAAGAUUGAGCAUCAGGGACAAGAUCCUCACGAUGUGGCUGACAUGCUACAGGAGAUGAAAUGUCUGGAUCCUCCUGUGACUGCAAUACUUACACCACGCAAAGAGGAGCCAAAAUUUCCAUUUCCAGUACAACAGAUUGAUAACCAUGCUAUACAGCAAUUCAGAAAAAAAUCCGAGAAGCUUCUAGAACCAUUACCAGAAAAAAUACCAGAAAAAACUUUAGAAAAGGACAAAGUACCAGAAAAAGUUUGUGAGGACAUCAAACCACGCCUCACAGAUAUCAUACCCAGUAAACCAGCCACCACUCGAAAGAAUAGCAUUCAAAAUGGAGGAUUUGACAUUGCUGAUGACCUUGAUGUCAGUGAAGACAGUGACAUGGAGAGGCUACCUGACAACCAGUCCCCACCCCAGAGCAAAUCACGCCCCACCCAAGGACAGCCGAGAGGGGUAGGAGGGAAGGUGCCGGUCAAAGAGCCAAGAUCUGAUCCGAUGUUCACAUCCAGUAGUGGAUCUAGCAGCGAUGAGUCUGAGGAGGAAUCGGAUACCAGCGGCUCGGAUAGUGAUAGUCCCGGCUCCGAGGCCGACAACCAAGAUGAAAUUGAAAAGACAGAACGACCCAAAACCCCACCCAUUAAAUCUCCUCCCCCACCUCAGGAACAGAAGAAGACAAGUUGGGCUCUGGGGACGUUCAUGCCCCCUACCCCCUCAGUUCCCACCCUCGCCUCAAAUUCACUAGUCAGGUCCAGUCCCUGCAAGGAGGACCCCAACAAUGAGGUCAUAGACAACAUCCUCAAUGAAUUUAUCAAACCCGAUUUGAAGGAAGAUGGUGAUGCUGAUGACGAUGAUGAUGGCGAUGAUGAUGACUAUGACACAGAUGAAAGUAUAAACAAAAUUGUGUCAAAAAAGUUUAAAAAUAAUAUUGUUCCUAGCAGUAACCUUGGCAAUGUACGGAAUUCUGGUAAAUCACCCGGUGCUUCGUCUACAGGGCGAGGAUCAAAACAUGCCAGUGGAAAAGUACAUCUAAACAGACUAGUAACAGAGGGCGCCCCCCUAGUGAAUCCUCCAAAAAGGAAAAACCCAAGAAAAAAGUGUCUACAUCUCAAUGUGAUCAGAGAAAGAAAAAUUCCAAGAUACAUAAAUCUAAGGUAUUUAUUGACACGGACAGUGAGGACGAUGAUGAGGAGGAGGUGGUGGCGCCACCUGUGAUCCCAGCAAUACAAAUGGUCAUG